AUGACGACGCUGGACGACGUCGAUGCGCUCGAUGCGGUCGUGCGCGACGCGUUCGCGCGGACGAACGACGCGCGCGCGACGGCGAAGGCGGCGGACGCGUCGCGCGCGCUGGACGCGCUGAAACGCGACGCGCGGGCGUGGGCGGUGUGCCUGCGCGCGUACUCGCGCACGACGUCGAGCGAGACGAAGUUUUGGUGCCUGCAGACGCUGACGGAGGCGCUGGCGAAGGAGGCGAGAGGAGGCGGGACGACGAUGUCGGACGAAGACGCCGAGACGCUGCGACGAGCGCUCGGGGCGUGCGUGAGCGAAGCGACGGGCGAGAGCGCGACGGGAGGAGACGGUGGAGAUGAUCGACGGAGUUCGGCGGCGACGGCGGCCUCGUCGACGUCGACGCCGGCGUUCGUGAAAAAUAAGCUCGCGCAGGCGUGCGCGUACGCCGUGGCGCUGGAGUACCCAGAACGAUGGCCCUCGUUCUUCGCGGAUUUGGCGAAUCUAUUGAGCCGAGGGACGCAAGGCGUGGAUAUGUUCACGCGUGUGCUCGAGGCGAUCGACGAGGAGCUGAUCGCGACCGUGGACGCGGGAAGAGCAGGGAAGGAGGACUUCGCGCGUUCGAUGCGCAUCAAGGAAGCGAUGCGAGCGGAUGGGAGCUUGCGCUUAGUUUUCGAUGCUUGGAGGCAGUGUUUGGAACAUUAUGCGCGCGUCGAUCCACGCGUGGCGACGCGGGUAUGGUCUGUCGCGCGGCGAUACGUCGAGUGGGUGGACGUCGGUCUUGUCGCGAGCGAAGAGUACGUGAAGGGCGCCAAGGAGUGUUUGAUGCUCGACGAUUUGAGCGGCGCGGCGGAUGAAAGUUUGCGCGCCGCGGCGGUAGGGUAUUUGCACGCCGUCAUAACGAAAGGCAUGGAAACGAGUGCAAAAGUGCGCCUGAUCAUCAGCACGAAGAUCGUAGAAGUGUGCGCUCGGUUGCAGGUGAUUUGCGCGGCUACCCAGGAUGAUUUCGACGAAGAAUUCGUAACUCAGGUGACCAAUCUCGCCGCCGCGGUCGCCGCGGAGCUUUUGAACGCCAACAAAGUCGAGAAUAUAACGGCUCUCGGUGUUGAACUGUCCGCUGAGGUCAGUUCGUCCUUGCAUCAGGUGACUCCGUUGGUUUUGUCGAGCAUCAGUUUUAAGCACGAGCGCGCCGUGCUCGUGGCGCUACCAUUCCUCACGGCGUACAUUGGGUACAUGAAAUCACAGCCGGCGUUGUUGAAUGCGGCGCAGCCGGCGCUUACGUCGGCGUGUCAGGCGCUCAUAGCGCGUGGGGCGUUCCCUACAGAACACAUAGACGGCUUGGAUUGGAACGACGGCUCCAACGCCCUCACGCAAGAAUUUGAAGCGGACGUCUUCAGUCUUCGCGCUGAACUAAACGUGCAGCUGAAGAACAUAGCGCGGCUCGCACCACACUUGGCGCGCGAAGUCGUUCGUCAAGUCUUGAUGAGCGCCGUCGUGGGUAGUGGCGAAGGAAACCAGCUUUGCUGGCAAAACGUCGAGGUCGCGAUUUCGGCGCUGUUCACCCUGGGAGAAGGCGCCGACGACGCCGCGGUGAAACCCAUGUCCAUCGCGGAUCGAGCCAAGGCGACGAACGGCACCGGUGAGGUCACAGACACCCCCCUCGGAGCGCUAGUGGUAUCGCUUAUACGCGAAUGGGGCACGAGUGUUGGUCGCGCGGCGUACCAUCGCCUCGUAGCGCCGACGUUUUUGGAGAUUUGCGUCAGAUAUCACGCCGUUUUGGAGCGCGAUGACGCCGCUCUAGUCGCCGCCUUGACUGCGUUCUUAGACGAGCGAGGUAUAGGUCACGUCGAUCUCGCCGUGCGGUCGCGUGCAUGUUACUUGAUUUCGCGUCUGUCCCGACCGCUUCGCUGCAAGCUUUCGGAUAAGGUGGAAAACAUCAUGUGCGUACUCCCGGCCUAUCUCACGGAAUUCGCGAGAUCGUUGCCGGAACCGGCGACGCAGAACGCUGCGUUUGUAUCUGUGAGCGCGGCUGGUAUUCAGUCUCGAGCGAUGGCUGAGAGCGGAAACGACGAUCGGUUGUACCUGUUCGAAGCCUUCGGCACGAUGCUAGGCGCGGAUGAGGUGAAAGAAGAGGAACAGUAUAGGUAUUUAUCGCAAAUCGCCGCUGGGCUUUGUCGUCAAAUCGAGGAAGUCGCGGCGGGAGGACAGUCGGGCGAGGACGCGCCAAUUCGCAUCGCAUUGGCAACGCGCGCCAUCGUGGCGUUCGGGAAUAUAUCCAAAGGAUUUUCGCAGCGAACAUGUUUGACGAGUAGACCUCGCACUGGAGAAGUGUUUAGAUCGUGUUUGGAGAUGUCGCUUCGAUGUCUCGACGUGUGGCCGCGAGACGCGAGCGUGCGCAAUCGUGCCACUGGUUUCUUGCACAGAAUGAUUGAUUUGCUCGGACCGACUGUGACACCGUACUUGGCUCCGACGGUCCAUAAGCUCCGUCGCGAUGCCGACGCCGUGGAGCUUCGCGAGACGUUGGUGCUUUUCAAUCAACUCGCGUCGACGUACGCCGCCGAGCUCGCGCCAUUUGUUGUUGAAGUAUUACCAGGUCUUGCCGCUCAAAUCUUCAACACGAUCUCCAGCGCGUACGCACAGGCAUCGGUUGAGUCCGUGGGGGGGAGUAUUGCCACGAACACGGAAGUUGUGCGCGAAGCCGACGAGCUCGAACGUAUGUGGCUUACUACGACGGCGGCCCUCGGCGCCAACGCGCUCAUUGCGCCCACAUUCACGGGAUAUCCCAACACCAAGCGUACCGCGCCGCUCAGAGAGCAGCUGUUGUCGCAUCUUGUCCAAGCUGCGCAGUCGCACGGCAUGGUGAGCGCGCGCAAAGUCGCCCUGACCGCGCUCAAGAGCUUCGUUGAAGAAUGGACGUUGGACACAUCGCCCGACGAACCACCUUCGCUCGAAGGUGCGCCGACGUCGUCAGCGCCUGCCAAAGGACCGAGAGAUGAACGCGUACCAGGCUUUACGCGAUUCGUUGUCGAACGCGUGUGCGUGGAGUGCUGCAUCUUACCGCCUAUACGCGGUGAUUUAGACCUCUCCGACGCCGUCUCCGUCGGCGCGCUCAACGAAUCCUUCGCCAUCCUCGCCGUCGUCCACGCCCGGCAAUCCGACGCCUUGACCACCGCUCUGACGCACAUCUUCCGUCACUCCAUCUUACCCAGUCAUUCUCCCGAUCGCAUCGACGCCAUCGUCAACGAGUACAUCCGCGUCCUCGCCGCCGCCGCCGCCGCCGGCAAGCCGCAUUUGCGUUCGACCAAACCCGCGCGCGCGCUCGUCGACGCCGUCCGUCGCGAGAUCGGCGCCGCGCCCGACCGCGGUCGCACCUUAGACCUGACCCCUAGACUCGCCAAGCGAGGCGUGUGA